GGAGUCACGUGUUAGAGCGCGAGGCGUCUCCCGCCGGGGCGCUUCCUGUCACGGCUGCCUCGGCGGUCAGGGGGCCGCGGGAGGCCUGGGCGGUACCGGGCGGGAGAAGGCCCGGAUCGGUUUCGGAUCCGCCGCGAGACAGGUAUCCAGGCUGCCAAGAUGCCAGGGCCAAGACCUCGGAAGGGCCCUCAGGCCAGUGGCCAGGGUGUGGCAGCUGCCAAGCAGCUCGGGCUCUUUGUGGAGUUCAGCCCCGAGGACGUGCUGCUGGGGGUGGAGGAGGCUGAAGACGACGGGGACCUGGAGGCAGAGUUGCUGGCCCUCACUGGGGAAGUAGGGACCACAGGCAGGAAACCAGCACCCAAGGGGCAGGCCCCCCUGCCUAUGGCCCACAUUGAGAAGUUGGCAGCGGACUGCAUGCGGGAUGUGGAAGAAGAGGAAGAGGAGGAAGGGCUGGAGGAGGAUGCAGACUUGCUGACGGAGCUGCAGGAGGUCCUGGGUACAGAUGAGGAGGCUGGGGCACUGGAUGGUGAUGAGACAGCCAGCCUGGGUGGCCCUGAGGAGGAGAAGGAACAGGAAAAUGUGGAACCUCCGGGGCAAGCAGCUAUCUUGACAUCUCCAGUCCCAGCAGCUCAGGCUGGAGGGCCCCGGGGGCUGCAGGCCCUGCUGGAGGAUCGGAUCCGCAACUACCAGGAGGCCGCGGCCAGUGCUAAGGAGGCAGGUGAAGCGGCCAAAGCCAGGCGCUGUGAGCGCGGCCUGAAGACACUGGAGUCCCAGCUGGCUGCUGUGAGGAAAGGCAAAAAGAUCAGUGAGGAUGAGAUCCCGCCUCCAGUGGCCUUGGGCAGGAGGCCCCUGGCCCCCCAGGAAACAGCCAACAGGAGCCCUGAAGCAGAACCCCCAGCUGCCCCCUCCGUGGAGCCAGAUAACCCCUCCCAGCCUGAGACAAGCCUCUUGGGCAGCCCUGGUAUUUCUGCCCCACCCGACUCAGACCCAGACCCACGGGCCCUGCUGUUGGCUCGACAGAGAGAGUACAAAGUGGCUGCUCUGAAUGCCAAGCGGGCUGGAGACCUAGACCGUGCCCGAGAGCUCAUGAGGGUUGGGAAGAGAUUUGCUGCUGUCCUGGAGGCCCUGGAGAAGGGGCAGCCUGUGGACCUCAGUGCCAUGCCCCCAUCACCAGAGGACCUGAAGCCCCUUCCACAGGCUUCCCAAGCCCCCACAGCGCCCUCAGAUGCACCCCCGGCAGUGGAGCGAAUGCACCCAGUGAUGGCCUCUGACAUCCCAGCAGCCCCGGUGGCCCCUGCUGAGCCACAGACAGUGCUGGAUGCCCUGCAGCAGAGGCUGAACAAGUACCGCGAGGCAGGCACCCAAGCGCGGGGCAGUGGGGAUGAGCGCAAGGCCCGGAUGCACGAGCGCAUUGCCAAGCAAUAUCAAGAUGCCAUUCGAGCCCACCGGGCGGGACGGAAAGUUGACUUUGCCGAGUUACCUGUUCCUCCAGGAUUCCCCCCUAUACCUGGCCUGGAGCCCACCGUGGCUACCGAGGAGGAUAUGAUGGCAGCUACGUUAGCAGCUGCCCAGAAACUGGCCUCCGCAGAAGAGACAGCCCCAGCAGAGGAAGAGGAGGGUGACAACAAGGAUGAGCCCCCAGCCCCGGCCCCAGUGGCCAAGAAGCCAGCACAGCCUCUCGUCCCUUCAUCGCGGUCCCUGCCCGAGCCCAAGACCUCGAGUUCUAAGGAGGUGCUCAGUCCAUCUGCACGAGAGCAGCUGGCCCUGCUGGAGGCACGGAAACUGCAGUACCAGCGGGCAGCCCUGCAGGCCAAACGUGGCCGGGACCUGGAGCAGGCCAAAGCCCAUCUGCGGGUGGCCAAAUCCCUUGAGGCUCAGAUCACCCAGGUGCGAGCUGGCCGCCCUGUGGACCUCUCCAAGGUACCUUCACCCUUAACGGAUGAGGAGGGUGACUUCAUCCUGAUCCACCAUGAGGACCUGCGACUCUCUCAGAAGGCUGAGGAGGUGUAUGCCCAGCUACAAAAAAUGCUUCUGGAGCAACAUGAGAAGUGUCUGCUGUUCUCCAAGCAGUUCAUGCACCAGGGCAACGUGGCUGAGACCACACGGUUUGAGAAGCUUGCUCAAGACCGCAAGCAGCAGCUUGAGAUCCUGCAGCUGGCCCAGGCUCAAGGCCUGGACCCUCCCAGCCACCACUUUGAGCUGAAGACUUUCCAGACUGUGAGGAUCUUUGCAGAACUCAACAGCACAGAAAUGCAUCUGAUUGUUGUCCGGGGAAUGAACCUCCCAGCCCCUCCAGGGGUGACCCCUGACGACUUGGAUGCUUUUGUGCGGUUUGAGUUCCACUACCCUAAUUCGGACCAGGCUCAAAAAAACAAAACAGCUGUGGUGAAAAACACAAACUCUCCAGAAUUUGAUCAACUCUUCAAACUAAAUAUCAACCGAAACCACCGGGGCUUCAGGAGAGUGAUUCAAAACAAAGGAAUCAAGUUUGAAAUCUUCCACAAAGGAUCCUUCUUCAGAAGUGACAAGCUGGUUGGCACAGCCCACCUGAAACUGGAGCGGCUGGAGAAUGAGUGUGAGAUCAGAGAGAUUGUGGAGGUGCUGGAUGGAAGGAAGCCCACUGGGGGCAAGCUGGAGGUGAAGGUGAGGCUGCGGGAGCCUCUGAGUGGCCAAGAUGUGCAGAUGGUCACCGAGAACUGGCUGGUCCUGGAGCCCAGGGGCCUGUGAGGUGGACAGCUCUCUGGGCCCUUAGAACCUCUGCCUGGGCCCCAUGAGAACCCUUCCGGUACUCAUAUCUAAGGACAAAACCCAGGAAUUUCUCAUCUGUGAGGAAGACCAAGAGGCAAAACUGUUGGGUUGGGCUCAGGCUGGUUCACGAUCUUCAGUAGAACUGGGGAAGGAAGUUAACCCCCCCAGGUCUGUUGUCAGGAAUCCCUUCCAAAAAUCUACUUGUACACUCACUGCA